AUGCCGUUCAUGUCAUAUUCGCAUGUACUAGAACUGAGACGCUGGCUGGAAGGAACCCGAGCGAAUGUGAUUUGUUAUGGAUCUCAGGACUAUGCGGAAAAGAUUAAAAGAUGGAGCGAUACUUGCGAACGAGACGCAGGCGCUAUAGUCGAAGUGACUUCUACAUCAGAAGUAUCUGAAACAGUGCAAUUUGCCCGAAAGCACCAUAUCAACUUCGUCACGGAGGCCGGUGGACAUUCCACGACUGGCUCGUCCGCUACCCACGGUGGACUGGUCAUCAGCCUGACUAAAAUGCGUCGCGUUUUAACUGACCCUGCCUCCAGAACUGUGUGUGUCCAGGGUGGCGCUAUCUGGGAUGAUGUUAACGAGUCCACUGCUGCUUAUGGCCUGGCAGUUGUCGGAUCGACUGCAAGCCACACUGGAGUUGCAGGGACGACACUGGGCGGUGGCUUCGGGUGGUUAACUGGGCGAUACGGUCUGAUCAGCGACAAUCUCCUCAGUGUCAGAAUGGUCUUAGCAGACGGUACUAUUGUGGAGGCAUCCGACGAGGAUCACCAGGAUCUAUUCUGGGCAGUACGCGGAGCAGGACAAGCCUUUGGCAUUGUGACAGAGCUGGUUUUCCGGGCUUAUGACCUUGCCGGGCCAGUGUACGGCGGAACGCUCAUUUUCACAGUGGAUCGAUUACCGGGAAUUCUUGAAUUCGCCAAUCGCUUCGAUGAGCGGCAAGAUGAAGACAGUGGCUUUUUCUUUGGGCUUGCGGCGCCAUCAGCGGCUGAUCGUACAGGAAUCUUGGUUUUGCCAUUCUAUAACGGCAGUCAAGAGAAAGCUGAGGUGUUCUUCGCGCCGUUGAUAUCUCUGGGUCCUUCAAUAAACAAAACGUCUAUGAUGUCCUACAAAGAGCUCAAUAGACUUGCAGAUGUCGAUCCAGUCCCGGAGGGUCGGAAAUGCUUCAGUGGGACCAAAGUAUCCAUGCCACUUGACCGGCAUCUGCUCUGUGAUCUAUGGGAGCAUUUCGACGCGAUUAUGGAUAAAUACCCGCGAUCAAAGAACAGCGUGCUAAUGUUUGAGCUCAUACCUUACGGGAAGACCAUAAGUGUCCCCAUCGACGCCACAGCCUGUGCGGACCGAGGGCGAUACUACAAUGUCGCAUUGCUUCUCUGCUGGUAUGACCCUGAGCAUGACGCGGCGAUGCAUACAUAUAUGCGAGCCCUACUCUCGAGGAUCAAGAGAUCAGAUUGUUAUGCUGGCAAAAGGGAGCCUGUGGUGCAGGCCAAUGCAAAUUUCGCAGGUCAUGAGAUUGGAGCAACCUACCUCUUCAGGGACAAUCUUCCCCGAUUGCAGGCCCUGAAGAGGAAGUAUGAUCCCCAUAAUGUUUCCUCCAAGUGGCAUGAUCUUGUCUUUCAUACAGAAAGGCAAUCAUGA